AUGGCCGCCUCUCCCCGAUUAUGGAUUACUUCGUUUGCUCGCCAAUCGAUUCUGUCAGCGCUUACAAGCGCUAUCUCAUCUGGAUAUCUCAUCGUUGAUGACGCCGAAGGCUCUCAUGCGUAUGGCUCCAAUGAGAAAGGCUGCAAUCUCGUUCACAUCAAAGUCAGAAACGACAACUUUUGGCUUCGCCUUAUGCUCUCCGGUGAUCUUGGUUUCAGCGAAGCGUACAUGAUAGGCGAGAUCGAGCUACCCGACCUGAGAGCAGCAAUGAAUCUAUGGCUCGAUAACCAGUCUGCAAUGGAAGACACCUUGUCCUCUACUUUUAGUCGCAUCACCUCGACCCUGUCAAGUUUCUACAACUCCUUCCUUGGCCAGACAAAAAGUAACGCUCGUCUAAACGUGAUCGCAUCCUACGAUCAAUCGAACGAGCUCUUCAAAGCAUUCCUUUCAUCCGAAAUGAUGUAUUCAUGUGCUCUCUGGGACGAAUCCGAGGGCGGAGUCCGAGGUGAUCUUGAAAUCGGUCCGACUCCUGGUGACCUCGAAGCCGCGCAGCGGAGAAAAAUACACUAUGUCCUUCGUCAGGCUCGUCUCAAGCCGGGAUACCGUGUUCUCGAAUUCGGUUCAGGAUGGGGAGGACUCGCGAUCGAGAAGACGCUCGCUGAGGAAAGAAUCGCUGCUGCCGGUCUUUCCGAUAAAAUCCGCGUCCACCUCCUCGAUUACCGGGAUAUCCCAUCCGAAUGGGAAAAUGCCUUCGAUGCAUUUGUUUCCGUCGAGAUGCUUGAGCAUGUCGGGUCGAAACACUACUCCAAUUAUUUCCGACUCGUCUCUUUCGCAUUGAAGCCCCACAAUGCCACCGCUGUCGUAUCCGCUUCGACUUUCCCCGAAUCACGGUACUCUUCAUACCAAGCUGAAGAUUUCAUGCGCAAGUACAUGUGGCCGAAUUCAUGUCUUCCCUCGGCAUCUGCCUUGAUUCAGGCGGCUUCUCCCCACUUUAACCUUGAGCGAUGGGGAAGGCGGCUGGAGAAGAAUUUGACUCAGGAGAUGUAUGAAGCGUUCAAGCGGAAGUGGAUGUACCUGUUUGCCUACGCUGGGGCAGGCUUCGCUAAGGGCUACAUUACGUGCCAUAUGCUGACGUUCAUUCGAGAGAAUGACGCGCCUGAGAUGUGCGACUGA